AUGCCGUCAUCCACACCUCCUGCAUCGCUCCCUCGCUCACCUGGACACCGCUGGGAGCACUUCUGUGAAUGUGACAGCGUGGAGGUCAAAGGUCACACAGGUCAAGACAUCACUCUGCCCUGUAAAUAUGACAGGAAAUAUCACGGCGCUCUGUCAGCGUGCUGGCAGCGAGGAGAGAUACCAGCCAGAGGCUGCUCCAAUCCGCUGAUCUCCACAGAUGGACUCAGAGUGGAAACCAGAGCUCCCAGCAGGUAUGAGCUGCUGGGCCGACUGGAGGACGGAGACGUCUCUCUGACCAUAAAGAGCCUGACAGAGGGAGACGCUGGACGAUACGGCUGCAGGGUGGAGAUACCCGGCUGGUUCAACGAUGAGAAGCAUCACAUCGAUGUGAGCGUCGUCACAGCUCCUCACAUCUUCACCACCGUCACCACCGUGGUGGGACAAACAGGAAGUGAUGUCACAGCCACAGGCUCAAUGCCGACGCAGACUCCGACCGAGGUGAGGAUCACAGCUGUGCAGCAGGAGGACCACCUGGAAAACUUCAUCUGGAACUCAGUGAGGCUGACCUUCAUCAUCUUCAUCCCUGCUCUGCUGACUGCAGCUCACAGGGUUUGGAGGCGGGAUCAGAGACUGCAGACGGACAUCAGGCUGAACCAAUCAGACAAGGAGGAGGGCAGUCCUCUGUAAAGAUCCCCUUGAACAGCUGAAUGAAGGGAACAGCUGAUCAUAUCAUGAUUGUGCAGUCAGGUGCAUUUGCUCCCAC